ACCCGUAGUAGCUACCGCUGCCACCCCUCAUUCCUUUUUCCCACUCCCGCUAUAACUCCAUUGACAUUACUUCCCUUCUCUUCUUUCUCCGGUGGUGUGGUUUGGCCUUGAGUUGCCCCUGCGCCGAUGCUUCGAUUCUUGCUAUAAAUGCAGCACAUCCAUACACGCACUGGCCAUCUCCAUUCUCGACCAAAGCCAUUCAGCCCACCACCGUUACCUGCCACAUAGCUCGGGGACAUCUUCUUCCCUGCCUGUGGCUUGUGCUGGACGACGAGAUCAUGGAGUACAAGGCGAGGCGGCGCCACGUGCCGGCGUUUGGGGAGUGGAACUACUACUACUCGCCCUCCUCCGCGUCGCCGGAGGAGCCGCCGGAGCUGUCCCGCUACGGAGGCGCGGCGAGGGCGGCCGAGUGGUGGUGCUCGCCGGAGCCGGAGGCCUGCAGCGACGUCUGGUUCAGGUACUCGCCGCCCCCGCGCAAGCCGGCGGCGGCGCCGCCCAAGAAGGCCAGGAGGACGGCGAGGCCGCAGAACUGCAGCGGCGGCGCCGUGAAGGGGAGCGUGGCCCUGGUGAGGGAGCAGCCCGGCGGCGCCGGUGCUGCUGCUGCCGUGGCGGCGGCGCGCGCACCGCGCAAGGGCGGCUCCCGCGCGGUGGUGCGGCCCGUCGACGAGGACCUGUACCAGGUACCGCCGCCGGACGACUUCGUUUCUUCCGGCCGGCGCCCACGACCGAAGAGAGCGGGCAGGAGCCUGUGGAUGGGCUGCUUGGGUGGCCUCGGUUGCAUCGCCUGAUCAAGCAACGAGAUGAUCAAAACUACCCUUGGGCCUUGGAGUCUAGAGGAGUAGCGAGUAGUAGUAUUUCCGAUCCGUGUGCUAUUUUCCUGUUUGCCUUUCUCAUCCGGUAGAACUUAGACUAGUCUCCUAUAUUGGUGUUGUUGCUUGCAGCAAUAGCUACCAGCUAGAAGCAGCACCAGAAAGCUAGUACUGACGUAAUUUUCGACGCUUUUGUAGCAAUCUGAGGAUAUAUAAAAAGUAUGGAAUGAAUCAAACAUGUUGUCA